ACUAACCUACGCAAUCCUACGUAACAUGUCGAACUGAUGCCAUGUGACUUGUCACAUGACCGGUAAAGGUUCUAAACAUCUCCCUGAGAGCGUUCUACACGAAUACAUCUCUGUUCUUUAUAAGUCAUUUAUUUUCUACCGGUUUUUUUUAUUUUUCAACUCUGUGUAGUCGAAUAAAAUGACAGAAAUGCGUGUUGAUCAACAUAAUCGUUUGGACGCGCAGUUGCUGCUUUUCAUGGACCAGCUCGAGGCUCUUGAGGAGAAGCGACAUAAACUCAACUCCCUUAUAGAAGAGGGAUGGUUUUCUAUUGCUAAGGCACGUUAUUCAAUGGGAAAUAAGCAAGUCUCCGUUCUGCAGUACGCUAGUGAGAUGGAGCCGCUUGUUCACGUUGAAGCCAGCUUGUUGGAAGGUGGAACAGCUAAGUUCAAAUGUGAGAGAAGAGAGAAUAAAACAGAAGAACCGAAAAAUAACACAAUAGAAGACAUUGGAGCAAAAGAGACGGGUCUUAGGAGGAGAAUAAAUACCAAACAAAAGGGGGUUAAAGAGGAGGAACAAGAGACAGACCCUCAAGUAAAAACAAAGGCAGAAUCAUCCACACCAGAGCACAGAGAUCCUUUGAAGUGGUUUGGGAUUCUUGUACCACAAAAUCUGAAACAAGCUCAGUCUGCUUUUAAAGAGGUCAUCACUCUCUCAGCAGAGAUUGCAUCCUUACAAAGUGCAAUACUCGCUACAAGGAAAGAGAUGCAGAUGAAGGAGAAACCAGAGAAGACCCAACCAGAAAUAAAAGAGGAAUAACAUUGACUUUCAUCCAUAAUCUUUAUUCAUUUUUUUUGUGAACCAUAUAUAGACUGAUAGUUCUUAGAACAAUUUCACUAUGUUUAAUGUUUGACAUGUAAAGAAGACCACUGAAAUCAUUCUCAUUGUGUAAACAAGUUUUCCUAAUAAAAAUGAUGAACCAUGUUAUCCUUUGAGCAGCAAUUGCACAGUUGACUCCAUACAAAUUGUAAAUGUAUAUACUUACUACAGAUUUUAUUAGUUUUUUAUAACCUGCUCUGCUUGGUUAAACAUUUCAUCCUUUUAAAUGCAUUAACUAUAAUAACCUCAGUUACUAUAUAUGCAGUUAUCACCUAUCAGAUACAGUGGCAUGAAAAGUAUGUGAACCCCUUGCAGAAUCUGUGAAAAUGAGAAUUAUUUUAAUAAAAUAAGAGGGAUAAAAAAAAAAA